CAAACAUUUCUCACAUAGCCGAGACCAAAGAGAGACUAGGGACAUGUUAGCUGUUGACAGAGCGGGUGUAGCGCACGGCGAAUAGGGGCUCCCAAACCCCUUCCAGAAAAUGGGCUUCUCUGCCCUUUCAACCAAAAGAAUAACUUGAACCUCACAGCUACGUCCUGGACCAAGUUUAAUGACAUAAUUUGCGCAUAUGCUGUUGUUAUUUUGAACUUUAAAAUGUGGGAGAUGGUGGUGUUGUCGAUAGCGAGGUCUCUCCUGUUGUCCAGGACAAGAUGGCAGCAGUGCAGCAGGCAGACUGUGCAUGGUAUGGGAACCUUGUAAGUCCAUAACAUGUUCGGAGAGGCCCUGGAUUUUAUCAACUGUUACUCUAUAUGAAGGUAUGGCCUCACAAGUCUUGGUCUACCCACCACAUGUUUAUCAAACCCAGACAAGUGCCUUUUGCAGUGUGAAGAAACUGAAAGUCGAGCCCGGCAACUGUGUAUACCAUGAAAGAGCGUACCCGCGGACUUAUUUGAACGGUAGAACCCUUGGCAUCGCUCACCCGACGAGACUUGCGCCUUUCUUUCAGCCUAGAGAAGCGGCGAGCGGCAGACCGCGUGGCGGCGGUGGACAGCAGGACUUUUCUUUGCAGACGGUCGCAGUGAGAGGCGUGCAGCGUGAGCAGCAUACAGUGACAGUGACAGCGGCAGCGGCGUCGGCGGCGCCACAGCCCCAGGACAGGGCUGUCCCCUCGCAGGGAAAGGGGCCAGAGCAGGAGCAGCAGGACAGAGGCAGCGGGAGCAGCAGUGGAGCUUCAAGGGGAGUCGGAGGGGGCAGAGGGGGAGAGGGAAUCUGUAGAAGGGGAGUUAGCAGCGGCAAGGAGACAGCGGGAGGUGGAGAAGGUGGUGGUGGAAGAGGUAGCGGAGGAGGAGGCGGAGGUGGAGGUGGAGGAGGGGAGGACGAAGGGGACUGGGAAGAUUGCGGAGGUUUGAACUUGGCAGACAGCUCCCAGCGAUGCGGACUGAAACGUAAAAGCGAGGAAUUUGAGAAUUUGGUGAGCGCCAUGCAGAUAGUGGAGGACCUGUCUAUGUUGCCUGCGAUGAUGCAAACGAAUGUGGGAAACCCGGCGGCAGUGGCGGUGCCGGCAGUGGCGGCUGCAGCGGCGGCGGCGGUGGCGGCCGGAGCGCCCGCCAAGCAGGGGGCCGGGGGCGGAGGAGACGGAGACUACCAGCUGGUGCAGCACGAGGUGCUGUGCUCCAUGAAGAACACCUACGAGGUCCUCGACUUCCUGGGCCGCGGGACCUUCGGACAGGUGGUCAAGUGCUGGAAGCGUGGCACCAGCGAGGUAGUGGCGGUCAAGAUCCUGAAGAACCACCCGUCGUACGCGCGGCAGGGCCAGAUAGAGGUGAGCAUCCUGGCGCGCCUGAGCGGCGAGAACGCGGACGAGCACAACCUGGUGCGGGCCCUGGAGUGCUUCCAGCACCGCAGCCACACCUGCCUGGUGUUCGAGAUGCUGGAGCAGAACCUGUACGACUUCCUGAAGCAGAACAAGUUCAGCCCGCUGCCGCUGAAGGUGAUCCGGCCCAUACUGCAGCAGGUGGGCACGGCCCUGAAGAAGCUCAAGUCCAUGGGGCUGAUCCACGCCGACCUGAAGCCAGAGAACAUCAUGCUGGUGGACCCCGUGCGGCAGCCCUACCGGGUCAAGGUCAUAGACUUUGGGUCGGCCAGCCACGUUUCCAAAGCAGUGUGCUCCACGUACCUCCAGUCACGGUACUACAGGGCUCCGGAGAUCAUUCUGGGGCUGCCGUUUUGUGAAGCCAUAGACAUGUGGUCGCUGGGCUGUGUGAUCGCCGAGCUCUUCCUGGGCUGGCCCCUCUACCCCGGGGCACUGGAGUAUGAUCAGAUACGUUACAUUUCUCAGACGCAGGGGUUGCCCGGGGAGCACCUGUUGAAAGUGGGGACAAAGACGUCUCGCUUCUUCUGCCGGGAGUCGGAUUCCCCGUACGCGGCGUGGAGACUGAAAUCCACGGAGGAGCACGAGUCUGAGACGGGGAUGAAGUCAAAGGAAGCCAGGAAGUACAUCUUCAGCUGUUUGGAUGAUAUUGCGCACGUGAAUUUAGUGAUGAAUUUGGAAGGGAGUGACUUGUUGGCAGAGAAAGUGGACCGUGGAGAGUUUGUGAGCUUGCUGAAGAAGAUGUUGUUGAUUGACGCGGAGAAGAGAAUGGCCCCGGUGGAAGUGCUCAAUCACCCCUUUGUAACAAUGCAGCAUUUGUUGGAUUUCCCCCACAGCAACCAUGUGAAGUCCUGUUUCCACAUCAUGGACGUGUGCCUGUCUCGCCCGGGUGCCCACGACACGGUAGCCAACCGCAAUAAGGCCGCCGCCGCCGCCUUCCUCCGGCCCGUCACCACCACGGCAGGGCCCACCCUCACCGUGCCGUUCAGCCAAAUGGCCGGCGUUCACACACAAGCUUUAGCCCCAUCGGCGCCCUCCGUAAUGCACCCUGGGAUACCGCUGCAGACGGGCAACGCGCAGUUUGGCUGCACCGACUCGUUCCAGCAGGCGCUCAUCUUGUGUCCUCCAACCCUCCAAGGCAUCCCAACCAACCCCAGCAAACCCACGGGCUACUCGGUGCGCAUGGAGAACACUGUCCCCCUUGUCACCCAGGCACCCGCCAUCCAGCCCAUACAGAUUCGGCCGGGGGUCAUCACUCAGGCUUGGUCCAAUCGUGCCCAGCAGAUCCUGGUGCCGGCCUGGCAGCAGGUGACUCCGGUCGCCCCACCACCCACCACGCUAGCCUCGGACACUGUGGCGGGUCCACAGAGACUGGCAGACUGGAAAGUUCGUCCCCAUGGCACGCAUUACAGCUCCAUGCUGCCCCACCCCCAGCCCCUGCUGACCAAUCAGAUGAGCAUGUCCGCCCACCAGCCAAUCAGCAUAGGCAUCGCACACGUGGUGUGGCCCCAGCCCGCCGCUAACAAGCGCAACAAGCCCUGUGUCAACAGGAGCAGCAACUUCACCCACAGCACAAACACCCGCAGCUCAGCGUGCCAGAGCCCAAAGAUGGCCACCAUCAUCCCCAAGAACGCGGAGGAGGAGGAGGCCGAGGAGGAGAGGAAGAGGAGGUACGCACAGGCGGAGCACAGAGACUGCACAGCAGUGGUGGUGGACCGUACGAACGCAGGAAGAGGAGUGGAGGAUGCAGAGGAGGAGGAGGAGCAGAGUUGUUGUAAAAUAGAGGAGGAGGAGGAGGAGGAGUUGGUGAUUGCGAAGAAGCAGCAGCGUCAGACGAUGGUGAUCGCCGACUCCCCGAGCCCGGCCGUCAGCGUCAUCAGCAUCAGCUCUGACACGGACGAGGAGGAGCACGCGCAGAGGCACUCCAUGGGGGAAUGUAAGGGCAGUCCGGAGUGUGAGGCGUGCCAGAGUACCCUGAACAUGGAGCGCGUGUGCUCCCUCAGCAGUCCAGACUCCACCCUGAGCUCCAGCUCCUCCGCCUCCGUGCAGUCCAGCGACUCCCCCUGCAAACGGCCCAACAGCAUGUCUGAGGACGACCAGGAGAGUGGCUGUGACACGGUGGACGGCUCUCCGGCGUCGGACUCAUCCGGUCGCAGCAGCAGCCCCUUCCUGGCGGGCCGCUACAUCGCCGCCCAGCAGAACCAGAACCAGAACCGCAACAACAAGCCCUGUGGCGUCAACACCACUGUCGCCACGACGACGGUCGCCACGGGCACCACGGUAGCCAAGGGCAACAACGGCAAGCCGGCCGUGCGCACCAUGGUGGUCUCGCCCCUCAGGCUGCACAACAACAACAACGUGCUCACCGAGCAGAGCUCCAACACAGUCUUAGAAUCUUCGUGCCCCUCCAAAGGGCGCAGUGGAAUGGGCAGGCAGGCGCCGUUCUCUACGCCCCUCCUCAACCGCUCCCAGAAGAUCGCCCCCGCAUUCCAGCCGCAGCAAGCUCCCCAGCCUCUGCAGCAGCAGCAGCCUCCGCCCCUCACCUAUGGCCAGGUGCAGCAUUACGGCUCCUCCCACCAGGAGUGGAACGGCAACUUCAGCCACCGCCGGCCGCACGCCUUCAUCCCGCCCACCGUGCAUGGCCACACCUUCACAUUGCAGCACAGCAGCCCUACCCACAGCCACAACCACAGCCACACUCACUCUCACACCUCGGGCCACGCACCUCCUCCUCCACCGCCCCCUCCCCCUCCUCACCUUGGCCCCCACCACCCCCACCCCCACCCCCACCCGCACCAGCACCAGCACCAGCACCCGCAUCAGCAUCAGCAUCAGCAUCAGCAUCAGCACCAGCACGGCCCCCAGCCCGCGCUGCUCUCCUACCCGCCCUCGGGGCCCCUGGUCACAGCCGCCCCCAUGGCCCACCUGCUGGCCUCGCCUGGGGGCGGCUGCAACACGCGGGGCGGCCACGUGCUCCACCAGUCGGCCACCUACAGCCUGUCGCACCCCCACCCCCACCCGGCCGCCGGCCACAUCGUGCACCAGGUGACGGUGGGGCUCAACCCGCGCAUGCUGCCCUCGCCCACGCUGCACCCCCAGGGCCAGUUCAAGCCGCUCUUCCCCCCGCACUCCUACAUCGCCUCGCCUGCCUACGCCAGCUUCCCCCUCAGCCCCACCAAGCUCAACCAGUACCCCUAUAUAUGAGGCUGCCACCGCCCCCGGGGCUGAGGCUGGGUGCGGUAGCAGGUCUGGGUGCGGGACCGCCACUGCCCAUGCCACCACCACCACCACCACC